AUCAACAUUAAUAUUCUAAUUCCCCGGAACCCAAACACUAGCAUUUCUCUCCCUUUAUCUAGUUUUAAUCCAAUCCACUCAACUCCACUAACACCCUUGUGCAAAAGUGAGGAAUAGAUCAUUAGAGUUGCCAUGAAGUUUUGGAAGAUCCUGAAGAGCCAGAUUGAGCAGACCCUCCCUGAGUGGCGUGACCAAUUCUUGUCCUACAAAAACUUGAAGAAACAAUUGAAGGUUAUGUGUCCCAAAGAUGCUCUCACUCCACCCCGUUUGGAUGCUGAUGAAAUCAACCACUUCCUUCACCUCUUGGAGCUUGAGAUUGAUAAGUUCAAUGCUUUCUUUGUUGACAAGGAGGAAGAAUAUAUCAUUAAAUGGAAGGAGUUGCAAGACAGAGUUGCCAAAGUCAUGGAUUCAAAUGUGGAGUUGAUGUCACUAGGGAGGGAAAUAGUGGAUUUUCAUGGGGAGAUGGUUUUGUUAGAGAACUAUAGUGCACUCAACUACACAGGUCUAGUGAAGAUAAUAAAGAAAUAUGACAUUUCAUUGACUGUUAAAACAGGAAUGUCGCAAUGA